UGAGUGUGGAGGGCUGGGGAAAGCUGUGUGAACUAGCUAGUGAUAGUCAUAUGAAGUUUGGGUCGGAGUUCAGACAAGGAGACACAGACAGAGAGAGAGAGAGAGAGAGACUGGGAUCUGCAGUUUGUGUUAAACUGACAUCAAACCCAGGCACCAGAGAGAGCUGACAGCCACAUACACACACACACAGAGGGAGAGGGAGAGCUGCUCCCACACACUGCAGCUGGAGCAGGGUGGAGGGAGAGGAGGGAGAGAGGAGGAGGGGGGGAAAGUCCUUUAGCAAAGCCCCGGAGCACGGUUGAAGGAGCCCGGGCUCCCUGGAGGUAAUUCCCCUGAGCCUCCGAUACCCCCUCGCCAGGACCCACUCACCAUCAGCCCUGCCUUCCCUGAGCCUCCGGCAAAGCCCACUAUGGAUAUCCUGGAUAACUUCGGCGUGGAAAAGCUGUUCGCAGCCUCCAGCCUCGUGGAUUUGGAAGAUCUGAACGAAGCCGAUUUCCUCACCAAUGUGCACUUCUCAGAGAACCUGGACGAUUUCUCCAACGAGCUGUUCAGCAGCUUCUUCGAGGACCCCGUGCUGGCUGAGAAGACCCCUCUGCUGGACAUGGAUCUUGACCCAGGCACUCCGGACAUCCAGGCAGAGCACAGCUACUCCCUCAGCGGAGACUCUGCCCCUCAAAGCCCAGUCAUGCCCAUCAAGAUGGACGAGUUCAGCAAAGAGGCCAACUGUGGAAUUUGGUCCCUCGGACCCGACCUGACACACAUCAUGAUCAAACAGGAGCCAAACCCAUUGCCAGAGCCCUGCCAUGUCUCACCAGCGACACAGAUAUCAGCUCUCUCUGGGCAACACAUGACCUCUGCUCCACCAUCAAACACCACAGACGAUCUGGCCCAGACUGAACCAAGCGCAGUGCCUCACAUCAAAGUCGAACCCAAAGAUCUCAAUCAGUUCCUCAGUGUCCACACAGAUAUGGAGCUGCCACCAACACCCCCCAGCAGCCACAGCAGUGACAGCGAUGGCUCCCAGAGUCCCCGGUCUCUCCCCCCGUCCAGCCCAGCACGACCACAGGCUCGGACGUCCAGUGCGAUCUCAUCGUCGCCCCUGCUCACCGCACCUCACAAGCUCCAAGGGACUUCGGGCCCGCUGCUGCUAACCGAGGAGGAGAAGCGCACUCUGAUCGCCGAGGGAUACCCGAUCCCCACCAAGCUGCCCCUCACAAAAGCCGAGGAGAAGGCCCUCAAACGGGUCCGGAGAAAAAUCAAGAAUAAGAUCUCUGCACAGGAGAGCCGCAGGAAGAAGAAGGAAUACGUGGACAGUCUCGAGAAGAAAGUGGAGACUUACACUUCGGAGAAUAAUGAGCUCUGGAAGAAGGUGGAGACUCUGGAGAAUGUCAAUCGGACCCUGUUGCAGCAGCUGCAGAAACUGCAGGCGCUGGUGGCUGGCAAGGUGCCACGUCCCUGCCGGGUGGCAUCAACACAGACAGGAACCUGCCUGAUGGUUGUGGUGGUCUGCUUUGUUCUAGUCCUGGGCUCCUUCAUGCCCUGUCUCCCAGAAUUCUCCACUGGCUCCCAGACAGUCAAAACAGCUCCCCUGUCUGCGUCCGAUGUGUACACCACCAGCCAGAUUCAGUCCAGGAGACUGCUGUUUUACGAUGAGGGGUCCCCCCUGGAGGAGCACUACCCCGCCUUCUUCCCGAUGGAGAGCUCCGAGGAUUGGGAGCUGUCACCCGGAGGCGCGAGAGACCAGAAGGGGUCACUUGACCCAUCAAGUGACUACACCAGCUGGUCGCAGGAGGCGAGCAAAUAUCUGAGCAACGCCCACGUGGGGGUGAUCGGCUCCAAUGAGACUGACCACAGGAAAUUAGUUCAGGAGAAAGCACAUAGCGAGAGAUGGGCAUCAACAGCUGUGAUCACAGCGAAAUCUUUGUAACUGGACUGGCCUUUAAUUCACCCUUCGGUAGAGAUCCUUUUAUUUUGCAAGCCUAAAAUGUUCAAUGUUUUGUUCUUGCGAGUGCCUGGGGAUCUGUAUCCGAAUGCCUGUGUAUGGGUUGCGCGUGUGUAGGUCUGUGUGUCAGCGCGUGAAUGUGUGCAUUAGAUUCUCUAGGUGUUGCUGUUCCUACCACAGUCUGCACUGAUCUGCCCCACGCUCUUCACCAUUUUCAUUACCCUCUCCCCUCCUCACCCCCCCCCUCCCACCCUCCCCCAGCACGUCACUUGCUCCUUCCCCAUUACACUCUUCACGGUGGCCUUUUCCUGUUCUCUGUCAGUGGAUUCUGCAGUCAGCACUGCUGUCCUCACGUACCUCCCUCCCUUUACUUGGUUACGAAUCACGCACAGCACCAGGUUCUAGUCCGACAGGUUUAACUGGAAGCACUAGCUCUCGG